AUGAUCCAACGAUGGUCGCAAAUCUUUGGUUUUGUCUCCCGCAGUUCUGGAGUACCUCCGGUUGAUGACUGGAUUGUGCAAGACCGGGCCGUUGAUGAAUGCCGACCAUUGAGAGUGGUUGUCAUCGGCUCCGGCGUUUCAGGCAUCAUCUCUUCGAUUAGACUCCGGCAACGGAUCCGAAACCUGAGUCUUUGCGUGUACGAGAAGAACGCGGAUAUUGGCGGUACUUGGCUGGAGAAUAGAUAUCCAGGUUGUGCAUGUGACAUCCCAGCUCAUACUUAUCAAGCUUCUUUCGAGCCCAAUAAAGAAUGGUCUACCUUCUAUGCCGCAGCUCCCGAAAUACACAGAUACUGGAAGCGGGUGGCAGAGAAGUAUGGGUGUCUGGAGCACAUCAAACUCAAACAGCAAGUCAUCGAAGCAACGUGGGACGAUGCUUCAAGUGAAUGGAAGUUGCAGGUCCGGGACCUUGCUAGCGGAUCGACAUACCAAGAUCGAUGUGAUGUGCUUAUAUCGGCUACGGGUGCUUUGAAUGAGUGGAAGUGGCCGAACAUCCCGGGUCUCCAUAGCUUCAAUGGGAAGCUGAUGCACAGUGCUAACUGGGACGAGUCAUAUGAUUAUAGCAACCAAAGAGUGGCGGUGAUUGGGAACGGAUCGAGUGGAAUUCAGAUCGUUCCCGGCUUGCUGCCGAAGGUGGCGCAUAUUGAUCAUUAUAUCAGAGGUCGCACUUGGCUUGCACCCACCUUGGCCAGGAAUGAACUCGAUAAGCGUGGCGCUGAGCUUGAAAACUUUUCGUUCUCUGCAGAGGAAAUUGCAACAUUCAAGACGGACCACAACGCCUACCAGAAGUUCCGCAAAGAAAUUGAGCUUGAGCUUCAGUCUAUCCAUGGCACAACCCUUCUGGGAACCCCUGAGCAACUCAGUUCCCAAAGUGCCUUUGCGCAGAAUAUGAAGCGACGUUUACGGCGCAAACCUGAGCUGCUUGAGAACCUUCUUCCUUCCUUUCCUCCUGCCUGCCGCCGUCUGACGCCAGGGCCGGGCUAUCUAGAAGCCCUGACGGAUGAUAAAGUUCACGUCAUCUCAAGUGAGAUUGUCCAGGUGGAUUCGGAUGGUAUCAUUACCGCGGAUGGUAUACAUCAUCCGGCCGAUGUGCUUGUAUGCGCCACGGGGUUCAACACCACGUUCAUCCCUCGGUUCCCCAUCACUGGGCGCAAUGGAUUGUCUUUGGCUCACCGGUGGGAGAAGACGCCAGAGAAUUACCUGUCCUUGGCUGUUGACGGGUUCCCCAAUUACUUUGUCUCUCUCGGCCCGAACGCGGCUUUGGGUGAGGGAAACCUGCUGCUUCUGAUUGAAAAGUCGAUCGAUUAUUUCACGUGCUGCUUGCAAAAGAUGCAACGUGAUAAUAUCCGCUCGAUGUGUGUGAGGAAGGAAGCCGUGGAGCAAUUCACGCGCCACUGCGACCAGUACUUCUCGCGCACAGUAUUUAGUUCAAGUUGCCGCAGUUGGUAUAAAGGAGGGCGAGACAACGGACGAGUGACGGCACUGUGGCCUGGAUCGUCCCUCCAUGCGAUGAAGGUGCUGGCGCACCCACGUUGGGAGGAUUACACGUAUGAUUAUAUUGACGGUAAUGCGAAUGGCUGGAUCGGUGACGGGUGGACCGUCAAUGAGAAGAACAAAGUUAUCAAUGUCGACUACCUUGAUGAGGACCAGAUGGAUUUCCCUCCAGUCGUUUGUGCGACGGCUUUCAGUCACAAUUAA